AGUUUAAUAUAUAUUGAUAUUAGCAAUCUCAGUUCUCAUGCUAAUAAACUUAAAAUUUUUGACGCGUACACGUCUACUAAAAUAAAUAAGUUUGGAUUUGAAUCUCUAUGGAUCAAAGUAAAAAUUUCUUGCAGGACGUGGCCAACAUCGCUGGCCAAAAAAAUCUCACCCAACUGGAAAAAUCAGCCAUGGCUUAUAAGCGUUUGUUUCUGGAAUUGGAAACCCGGACACAAACGGCUGCUUCUGAUCCUUCGCCCUCUGCUACUCCUGCCGCCACUCAGGGUUUGCGGGCCAGUGCCUCGGAAUUUGUGCCGCAGGUGCCAACCAACAGCGAAAGAAUUCCGUCCGAGGUGGAGGACGAACAGGAUGAAUACUCAGAUGAGGAUCGUUUCGAUGUGGAGCGCGCCAUGAGACCUCCCAAACCCUCAAUCUACGGUUUUUGUAAUCCCAACUAUGAGUGCGAGGACGCGUGCGAGAGUCACUUAGAGGCGGAGAAGAAACGGAAGUUUGGUAGCAGGGCUCCCAAGUUCCGGCCAAAUCAGCCAAUUUGUCGUGCUCUUAAGACAGAAAUGAGCUCAGUUCCGACGACAAAGCCUCCCAAGGAGCUGGCCAACGGACAGCCACACUUCAAAGGACCCUAUAUGCCGCUUUUGCAGCACCGGAUUGCCAAUGCGGAGGGCUACGGCUUGAUCCGGGGACCAAACCAACGAAACAGCUUGCUCCUGGAGGACAUGGUCAAGCAGCUUGCUCGCCUAGAAAACUGUCCCUUCAAUCUUAAUUCGCUAUUCCACGGUAAAGGUCCACAGAAUUCUUCAUCCUAAAUAAAAUAGAAAUGAACUAAA